CCGGAUUCCGGUAUGAACCCUGCAGAAGCGGCCGAGGAGGCGCCCAGCGACCCCGACACUGAUGCCUUCUUCAAAACAGGGUCUUUGAGGACUGAAGGCAUCAAGGCGUCAGAUGUUCUUCUCGUGUUAAAGGAGAAAGUUGCCUUCGUGUCAGGUGGGCGAGAUAAGAGAGGAGGACCGAUCCUGACAUUUCCUGCCAGAAGCAACCACGACCGAAUAAAACAGGAGGACCUGAGGAGGCUGGUAACCUACCUGUCUACUGUUCCUAGUGAGGAUGUAUGUAAGCGUGGCUUCACUGUUAUCAUUGACAUGCGUGGCUCUAAGUGGGAGCUCAUCAAACCUCUGCUGAAGACACUGCAGGAGUUUUUCCCAGUUGAGAUCUGCGUGGCACUCAUCAUCAAACCGGACAACUUCUGGCAGAAACAGAAGACCAACUUCGGCAGCGCAAAGUUCUCCUUUGAGACCAGCAUGGUGUCAGUAGAAGGUCUGGCCAAGCUGGUGGAUCCCUCCCAGCUGACGGACGACUUCGAAGGCUCGCUGGACUACAACCAUGAGGAGUGGAUGGAGCUGAGAGUCUCUCUGGAGGAGUUCAUGUCCAACGCUGUUCACCUAUUAUCCAGACUAGAGGACCUGCAGGAGCUUCUAUCCAAGAAAGAGUUUCCUGCUGAUGUGGAGGGAUCUCGUCGGCUGAUAGAGGAGCACACGCAGCUGAAGAAGAAGGUACUGAAGGCGCCAGUGGAAGAGCUGGACCGGGAAGGCCAGAGGUUGCUGCAGUGUAUUCGAUCUAGUGAUGGUUUUUCAGGGAGGAACUGCAUCUCCGGUUCUGCUGACUUCCAGAGUCUGGUGCCCAAGGUGGCCAGUCUGCUGGAUAAGCUGCACUCUACUAGGCAACAUCUCCAUCAGACGUGGCAUGUGAGGAAGCUGAAGCUGGACCAGUGCUUCCAGCUCCGCCUCUUCGAACAGGACGCAGAGAAAAUGUUUGACUGGAUCAGCCACAACAAGGAAGUGUUCCUGCAAAGUCACACCGAGAUCGGCCGAGGUUACCAACACGCGGUGGAGCUGCAGACGCAACACAACCACUUCGCCAUGAACUCCAUGAAUGCCUACGUAAACAUCAACAGGAUCAUGUCAGUGGCGAGCCGCCUGGCCGAGGCCGGUCACUACGCCUCCACGCAGAUAAAGCAGAUCUCAGGUCAGCUGGACCAGAACUGGAAAAGCUUCGCCGCCGCACUCGACGAGCGCUCCACCAUCCUCGCCAUGUCAUCCGUUUUCCACCAGAAAGCAGAGCAGUUCUUGUCAGAGGUGGAUGCGUGGUGUAAAGUUUGCAGUGAGGGAGGGUUACCAUCGGAGAUGCAGGAGCUGGAGCUCGCCAUCCAUCGUCACCAGAGUCUGUACGAGCAGGUCACCCAGGCUUAUACUGAGGUGAGCCAGGAUGGUAAAGCCCUAUUGGACGUCCUCCAGAGGCCUCUGAGUCCUGGCAACUCUGAUUCGCUGACAGCCACUGCCAAUUACUCCAAAGCGGUUCACUGUAUCCUGGAUGUCGUUCACGAAGUUCUUCACCAUCAAAGGCGCCUAGAGAACAUUUGGCAGCACCGAAAGGUCCGACUGCACCAGAGACUGCAGCUGUGUGUGUUCCAGCAAGAUGUCCAGCAGGUGAUGGACUGGAUAGAAAACCACGGCGAAGCUUUCCUAAGCAAACACACCGGCGUCGGGAAAUCCCUCCACAGAGCCCGAGCGCUGCAGAAAAGACAUGACGACUUUGAAGACGUAGCUCAGAACACAUACACUAAUGCAGACAAGCUGCUAGAAGCGGCUGAGCAGCUGGCUCAGACCGGAGAGUGUGACCCCGAGGAAAUCUACAAGGCGGCCAGACACCUGGAGGUCCGAAUCCAGGACUUCGUCCGCCGUGUUGAACACAGGAAGCUGCUGCUUGACAUGUCCGUGUCCUUCCACACACACACCAAGGAGCUGUGGUCGUGGAUGGAGGAGCUGCAGAAACAGCUGUUGGACGAUGUGUGCUGCGACUCCGUGGAUUCAGUUCAGACUCUCAUCCAGCAGUUUCAGCAGCAACAGACAGCCACACUGGAGGCAACGCUCAAUGUGAUUAAAGAAGGAGAGGAAUUAAUACAGCAGCUCAGAGAUGCAGCCAUGUCGACCAAUAAGACGCCACAUUGCAGUUCCAUCGCACACAUCCAGGGGGUGCUGCAGCAGCUGGACGAGGCUCAGGGCCAGAUGGAGGAACUGUUCCACGAGCGCAAAAUCAAGCUGGACAUCUUUCUCCAGCUACGCAUCUUUGAGCAGUAUACUAUAGAGGUGACAGCGGAGCUAGACGCCUGGAACGAGGAUCUGUCUCGUCAGCUGAAUGACGCCAGCCGCGCAGAGGACAUCGGCCUGGCGGAGCAGAGGCUGAAAAGGCACGCAGAGAGGAAGGCAGCCAUGAACAAUAUGACCUACGAAGUGAUGCAGCAGGGUCAAGAUCUGCACCAGUACAUCAUGGAGGUUCAGGCUUCAGGGAUCGAGCUGACAGGGGAGAAGGACAUGGACUUGGCCUCUCAGGUUCAGGAGCUACUGGAGUUCCUUCAUGAGAAACAGCAGGAGGUGGAGCUCAACGCGCAGCACACACACACUCGGCUGGAGCAGAACCUGCAGCUACGCCACCUACAGGCCGAAGUUAAACAGGUGUUGGGUUGGAUUCGUAACGGUGAGUCCAUGUUGAAUGCCAGCAUGGUGAAUGCCAGCUCUCUGUCUGAGGCUGAGCAGCUGCAGAGGGAACAUGAACAGUUCCAGAUGGCUAUAGAGUCUCUCUUCCAUGCGAACUCUCUUCAGAAGACUCAUCAGAGUGCUCUGCAGGUCCAGCAAAAAGCAGAGAUGAUGCUACAGGCGGGUCACUAUGAUCCGGAGGCGAUUCGGGGCUGUGCAGAGAAAGUUGCGGUUCACUGGCAGCAGCUGAUGUUAAAGAUGGAGGACCGUCUGAAGCUGGUCAAUGCCUCCGUGGCCUUCUACAAGACUUCUGAACAAGUGUGCAGCGUGUUAGAGAGCCUGGAGCAAGAGUACCGUCGGGAUGAGGACUGGUGCGGCAGUCACGAUAAACUGGGAACAUCGGCCGACACAGAACACCUUCUACCUCUGAUCAGUAAACACCUGGAGCAGAAAGAAGCCUUCCUCAAGGCUUGCACUCUGGCCAGAAGGAACGCUGAGGUCUUUCUCAAGUACAUCCACAGGAACAAUGUAAGCAUGCCUGGAGCCGCCGGUCACACCAGAGGACCCGAACAACAAGUCAAAGCCAUUCUGAAUGAGCUGCUGCAGAGAGAAAACAGAGUUCUCCACUUCUGGACGUUAAAGAAACGAAGGCUGGACCAAUGUCAACAGUACCUGGUGUUCGAACGCAGCACCAAGCAGGCAUUGGAUUGGAUCCAGGAGACAGGUGAGGUUUACCUGGCCACACACACGUCACCUGGCGACAGCAGCGAGGAAACACAACAGCUCCUCAACGACUACCAUCACUUCAGACUUACUGCCAAGCAAACCAAGGAGAAGGUGAAGCUGCUCAUCCAGUUGGCGGAUAACCUGGUGGAGAAAGGUCAUGCCCACGUGUCAGAGCUGAAGCGAUGGGUGAGCACUGUGGACCGCCGCUACCGGGACUUCUCGCUACGCAUGGGCAAAUACCAGGAGAGUCUGGAGAGAAGCCUCGGUGUCAGCUCGGAGGACAAUAAAGACUUAGAGCUGGACAUCAUCCCCGCCAGCCUGACGGAAGCCGAGGUCAAACUGCGCGACCCUAACCACGAGGUCAACGAGGAGAAGAGGAAGUCCGCCAGGAAGAAAGAGUUCAUCAUGGCAGAGCUGCUGCAGACAGAGAAGACCUACGUCAGAGAUCUUCAGGAGUGUCUAGAGACCUACCUGUGGGAGAUGAGUAGUGGCGUGGAGGAGAUCCCCCCAGGCAUCGCUAACAAGGAGCACAUCAUCUUCGGCAACAUGCAGGAGAUCUACGACUUCCACAGCAAUAUUUUCCUGAAGGAGCUGGUGAACUAUGAGCAGCUACCAGAGGAUGUGGGUCACUGCUUCGUCACCUGGGCUGAUAAAUUCCAUAUAUAUGUGGAUUACUGUAAGAACAAACCAGACUCCAGUCAGGUGAUACUGGAACAUGCCGGCAGCUUCUUUGACGACAUCCAGCAGAGACGUGGGCUGGCCAACUCCAUCUCCUCUUACCUCAUCAAACCAGUCCAGAGGAUCACAAAGUACCAGCUACUGCUUAAGGAGUUACUGUCUUGUUGUGAGGAGGGUAAAGGGGAGAUUAAAGAUGGUUUGGAGGUGAUGCUCAGUGUUCCUAAGAGAGCUAAUGAUGCCAUGCAUCUUGCCAUGAUGGAGGGCUUUGAGGAGAACCUGGAGGUGCAGGGUGAGCUGAUCCUGCAAGAUAGUUUCCAGGUUUGGGAUCCCCGCUCUCUGAUCAGGAAGGGGCGGGACCGACACCUCUUCCUGUUUGAGUUCUCCCUGGUCUUCAGCAAGGAGAUCAAAGACUCAGCGGGCAGAACCAAGUACCAGUACAAGAACAAACUACUGACGUCAGAAUUGGGGGUGACCGAGCACAUUGAAGGCGACCCAUGUAAAUUUGCUCUAUGGGCAGGAAGAACCCCAUCCUCUGACAAUAAAACGGUGCUAAAAGCAUCCAAUAUGGAAGCUAAACAGGAGUGGAUUAAGAACAUCAGGGAGGUGAUCCAGGAGAGAAUGACUCACCUGAAGGGGGCGCUCAAGGAGCCUGUUCAUCUGCCUAAAACACCAGCAAUGACCAAACCCAGGAAUAACACUAAGAGGGAGGGAGGUGAAGACGGAGACAGUCAGGGAGACGGCAGCAGCCAACCAGAUACCAUCUCCAUCGCCUCCAGAACUUCCCAGAACACUGUGGACAGCGACAAACUCUCUGGUGGUUGUGAGUUGACGGUCGUCCUUCAGGACUUCACAGCAGGAUGCAGCACAGAAAUGUCUGUCAGCACUGGCCAGACAGUGGAGCUGUUGGAGAGGCCGAGUGAGCGGCCCGGUUGGUGUCUGGUCCGAACGACCGACCGCAGCCCACCGCAGGAGGGGCUUGUUCCCAGCUCCACGCUCUGUGUAUCCCACUCACGCUCCAGUGUGGAGAUGGACUGCUUCUUCGGCUCGGGUAAAGAAAACUAUCCUGUCAGUGGCUCCGAUGGGAAGACAGAGUCAGUGGCCAACCUUCAGCCACAGCCUUCCCUCAGCUCGCUGCCGUCUAGCUCGCCCGGUCCCAAACGCUCCGGAAACACUCUGAGGAAAUGGCUGACCAGUCCGGUCCGCCGCCUCAGCCACGGCAGCUCUGUGAAGAAACUCCCCAAUAACAAACAGAAGAAGACGGGACCAGGAACAGGAAGGGAGGAGAGCAGAAAGAGUAUCGACCUGGGACAGCCUGACCUUGCCCUGCAGGAUGACAACAUCGAUGAGAGAGUCAGCAGUAAGGACGGUAACCUACUCUCCAAGACGCCGUCCGGGAUGCAGAGCGGUGGGGAGGAGGAGCAGGACGAGGAGGCCCACACCCCUCUGCCUCCCCCCAUGGAGAUUAUCAAAGACUCAGCUCAGGAUGAAAAGUCUUCAUCCUUGCUAACAUCCCUGCAGUCGUCCUCUGAGGUGCCCAGCGCUGCAGAGCUGGUUAGCGCCAUAGAAAAACUGGUUAAACCAAGAUGGUGAGUGUACUCUGGAACCAGGAGCGUCCCCGGCUUCUCGUCUCUCACUCCACCAGAACAAACCACUCCUGUCCAGCCACGAAACCCGGCUGAACAGAGAGCCAAAGCUAUGAGAGGGCGGAUGUUUGUUCUGAAUGAGCUCAUCCAGACAGAGAAGGACUACGUUAAAGACCUGGGCAUCGUGGUGGAGGGCUUCAUGAAGAGGAUCGAGGAUAAGGGCGUCCCAGACGACAUGAAAGGAAAGGACAAAAUCGUCUUCGGGAACAUCCACCAGAUCUACGACUGGCACAGAGAUUUCUUUGUGGGAGAGCUGGAGAAAUGUCUGGAAGACCAUGAACACCUUCCUGAGCUCUUCAUCAAACAUGAGCGAAGACUACACAUGUAUGUGGUUUAUUGUCAGAAUAAACCCAAGUCGGAGUUCAUCGUAGCUGAAUAUGACACAUUUUUUGAUGCAAUCCAGCAGGACAUCCAGUCCAGGUUGGGCAUCAGUGACUUCCUCAUCAAACCAAUCCAGAGAAUCACCAAAUACCAGCUGCUACUGAAGGAUUUCCUCAAGUACAGCUCCAAGGCAGGAAUGGACUGUGAACAAAUUGAGAAAGCAGUAGAUUUGAUGUCUCAGGUUCCUAAACUGUGUAAUGACAUGAUGAAUUUAGGUCGGCUGCAGGGAUAUGAGGGGAAACUGACCAGUCAGGGGAAACUAUUACAGCAGGAAACCUUCUUUGUGACGGAGCAGGACACCGGCGUCCUGUCGCGCUCCAAAGAACGUCGAGUUUUCCUCUUUGAGCAGAUCGUCAUCUUCAGUGAGCUGCUCAGGAAAGGAUCGUCUACCCCCGGGUACCAGUUCAAGAAGAGCAUCAAGGUCUCCUACCUUGGUCUGGAGGAGAGUGUGGACAAUGAUCCCUGUAAGUUUGUCAUGUCGUGUCGUGGCUCGUCGGAGCGUUUCACCCUGCAGGCCGCCAACGUCGACAUCAAACAGGUCUGGGUCCGACACAUCCAGGCAGUCCUGGACGCUCAAAGCAACUUCCUGUCCGCUCUCCAGUCUCCCAUCGAGUACCAGAAGGAGAAGGGUGGAGGAGGAGGAGGAGGAGGAGCAGGCAGCAGCUCCUCCCUGACCAGGGAACGCUCCACCUCUGGAAACAGGCCCGCUAUGUCGUCCCAUAGCCGGCCCUCCUCGGCAGUCGGGCUCGGAGAGAAGGAGGCAGAGAGAGGGAGGACUCAGAUGAAAGUGUCUACCUCCAACGGCGGGUCGUCAUGCUUCGACUCCAGGGUGAGUUCCCGCAAACUUCCUGGAGACACAGACAGUGAAGGCGGCUGUAACGGCGUCUCCUCCACCAUGCUGGUCACUCAGGACUACUCGGCGCUCAAAGAGAACGAGAUCUGCGUCAGUCACGGAGAGACCGUCCAAAUCCUGGCCACCAAUCAGCAGAACAUGUACCUUGUUUACCGGUCAGCCAACAGCCAAUCGCCCGCCGCUGAAGGCUGGGUGCCGGGACACAUCCUGGGCCCUCCCACAAAGUCCAUAAAAGACUCUUCUUCUACUUGCUCCUUCCCAACAGCGGUGGUGGCCGAUGCCAACAACAUCAAGAAGUCUUUGUCGUGGAACACGCUGCGUGCCAGGAAGCGCGCUGAAGCCAAGGAGGUCUUCGUGGUGGGGGUCAGAGGUCAAGAGAAUGGCCUCCUCCGUAAGCCAAAAGAAACGUCUUCCUCUUCCGUUCCCCGCCAGGACGUUCACACUUCAGAUGAGUCAGACUGUGACGAUGACCUUGACCCAAAGACAGGCAUGGAGCUUCUCAACCCAAACUUCAUCCAGGAAGUGGCUCCAGAGUUCCUCGUCCCUCUGUCAGACGUGGUGUGUGCAUUCGGGGAGACGGUGGUUCUCUGCUGUAAAGUCUGUGGACGACCUAAACCCUCUGUCACUCUGAAGGGUCCCGACCAGAACCCGGUGACCAGCAACAGCCGCUUCACCAUAGACAUCAGGGAUACAGGUGACAUCUUGCUGAAGAUCUGUAAUCUGAUGCCGCAGGAUACUGGUAUCUAUACCUGUGUUGCCGUUAACGACCAUGGCUCUGCUUCUUCCUCCGCCUCCAUUAAAGUGCAAGGCAUCCCAGCAGCCCCUGGGAGGCCGGUGGCCCAAGAAGCAAGCAGCACAGCGGUGAUGAUCCACUGGCCACCUCCAGCUUCUUCUGCUCACUGUGCUGUCAGCAGCUACACUGUGGAGUACAGACAGGAAGACUCGUUGCUAUGGCAGCAGGUGGCCAGCAGCAGGGAGGAGUGUGUUCAGAUUGACACUCUGAUUCCCGGUGGUCACUAUCAGUUCAGAGUGCGAGCCUCCAACCGCUGGGGGGUCGGCCCGCCAUCCGAACCCUCCAAUAUGGUUACACUGCCCAGCAGCAACUCUGGAUAUGAUGGAACUGGAAUCCAAUGGAAAGAAAACUUUGAAUCGACCUUCUCAGAGAUCUGUGAGAUUGGAAGGGGACGAUUUUCAGUGGUUAGAAAAUGUCUCAACAAGUCCACAAAGAAAGAGUUUGCAGUGAAGUUUGUGAGUAAGAAGAUGCAGAAGAAGGAACAGGUGGCUCAUGAGGCAGAUAUCCUCCAACAUGUGCAGAAUCACCAGCUGGUGGCGCUGUUGGACACUUAUGAAUCUCCCACGUCUCUGAUGCUGAUCCUGGAGCUCCUGGAGGACGGUCGUCUGCUCGACUACUUGGUCGCCCACGAUGAGCUGAUGGAGGAGAAAGUUGCGUUCUUCAUUAGAGAAACAUUAGAGGCUCUGCAGCACCUGCAUACCUGCAGAGUGGCACAUCUGGACCUAAAGCCUGAGAACAUCAUGGUCGACCUUCACUCUCCAACCCCAUGCAUUAAACUCAUCGACUUAGGUGAUGCCGUCCAGCUAUCCGCACACCGCCGCUAUGUCCACCUGUUGCUCGGAAACCCAGAGUUUGCUGCUCCCGAGCUUAUCCGUGGUACACCGGUCUCUGUCGCAACAGACAUGUGGAGUGUCGGUGUGCUGGCUUACGUCAUGCUCAGUGGUGUUUCCCCGUUCCUGGAUGAAUCACCGGAGGAAACCUGUGUCAAUAUCUGCCGUCUGGAUUUCUGCUUUCCGGAUGAAUACUUUAGCGAUGUGAGCCAGGCAGCGAGGGAUUUCGUGUCUUCGGUUCUCCAGCAGGAUCCCAGGAAGAGGCCGAGCGCUACGUCCUGUCUGCAGCACCCGUGGGUGGGCCGCGGGGGUGCUCAUGGCGGGGAGUACUCCAAGACGCCUCUGGACACAACUCGGUUGGCCACAUUCAUCGACCGAAGAAGACAGCUGCAUGACGUUCGGCCUAUCACUAAUAUCAAAGGGCUGGUGAGCAGCAGUAUGGGUAAUACACUGUGACGGAGAGAAAACACUGAGUCUUUGAGCUCUCAACAACAAUCCAACUGUGACCACACGGGCACCCACUAUAACACUGUAUAUUUUAAGCUUUUCAUUAUUUAUUAAUGUGUGAGUGGGACAAAGGAUUCAGCGCCUGAAUCCUGGCUGUGGUGCGAGAUUGACCCACUUGGCCUUUUUGUCACCUGUAGACCAAACCCAUAAGCAGAAAUAUCAGAAAUUCACGGCUGUACAAUAUUUAAUUGUUGACUAAUAUUUCAUCUGGUCCGUGUUCCCGGAAACUGCCUAAUGGAGAACCCAAAGAAAGGAGCUCCUAUUAAAAAAAAAAAAACGACCAUGUAGAAAACACACUGUGAGCAGGCCUGAUUGCGUCACAUCUGUGUAUAUUUGUAACGUUUAUUUUUACAGUGACAGAUGAUAUAUUUGAGGUGACUGCCUUUUAAGUUUAUCCCAGAGUUGAUUUAAUCAAGGCUAGCCCAUUGUGCUGAAGGCUGUUUUAUGUUCACGUGAGGACACUCAAGCAGUUCUUGGAUUGGCCUGUAGGUGGCAUCAGUAGCCAACUGGCCAGCAGAAUAAAUCCCCCAACAGAUUUAUGCCUACAGUAUGCUCAGCCAGUGAAUUUGGCUGACAUAACUCAUUAUAUUAAAACAUUAUGUGAGUUAGUGAGAAAGUGCUCAGUCAUCCACAAACAGUGACAUUUUGCCUGACCAGUGAGUGAUAUCACUCACUAAAAUGGUAAUACACUGUAAAAAAAGAAAAAAGUGCUAAUAAUGUGUGCAGUCAUCUGAUUUCAUAUAAGGAGCUCAAGUGGACUAUGAUCAGAGGUAUAUCUAGUUAGAGAAUGUAGACCUUUUUAAGGUUAGUUUAGUUCAUGUUCUCCUCCUGGGGUACUUAAUGAGCUCUGUCUUAAACCCUGGGACUGUCACUGUGUGCUACUAGACUGCCUGCCACUCAUUGUACUGUAGCUUCAGUGACACAGAAGGCCUUUAAGUAGGAAUAGUAAUGUAGGGGAACCGUGUGAUGGUCCAUUUAAAAAGAGAUACCAAGAAUGUUCUAUUAAACUAUGGUGUGAAAAAUUGACAUUUCACUUAAUAACGAGGAUAUUCGGCCUAUUAUGAUGUUAGUCAUGCAGUAAUUUGUUGAGGAGUGGAAGCAAGUCCAAACUGAAAUACCAUAAUUUCUCCUAAAAAUUAUCUUUUAUGGCGCGUAACAGACCACUUAUAUCACCACAGAGGGUAAAUGGGUUAUUACAGAUAAUGUCAAUAAGUCGAUCACCACCUCCACCAACAUGGAAAGUUUCCAAAUCUAAUUUUAACCCAUUGACGAAGAACACAUAGUGAUGGAGUGGACCAGAUGCAGCAGCACUGAAACAUGUUUUUAAUUUAUUGAAUGUUAAUUUAUUUUAGGACUUAGCUUGAGAAUGAAUGACGAGCCAGACUGAGCUACAUGGUGUUGACAUCAAAUGGCCUAAAAUGACCUAAACUGAACUGCUAGUAGCUGAUGAAGAUGGACAGAAGUGAGCAACACAGAGUUGACUCUUUGGACUGAUCUGGACUGAACUGUGUUGGACCAAACUGUCAGGAACACUCAGCUGGACAGUCAUAGCCAUUGAAAUCACUACUUGGAUGAUGAAAAAGACACACAGUAACCUUCUGGAGCAAACAAAGGACUGCUGGACUAACACAAGAGGCACCAUGGAGACUGAAAUCCUUUCCGAAGGACACAACUUAUCGUUUGUUCGUAUCAAUGUUUACAACUACUUUGUCCAAAAAAAAAAUUGCUUAGCUAGUUUACAAAAAGAAGUAGAAUAAUCAGGGAAAACCUGCAUGUAAAAUCACCAGGGACUGUUUAGAAAUCAGGUUAGAAAUCUGUCUGUUUCUAGAACAAAAACCUGUGACAUUCGGUGUUAAGGUGGGAAAUGAACUCCACGCUGAAACGUAUCCAUUAGUGCAUUUGUCUACCAGCCUCUGUGGCGAGUAACCAGCUGUGGUGUUUGGCUUGCAUUCAUUUGGCAUGUAAAAUAGCUCAUGUGGCUGCUUGGUUGGUCUCUGGGGUUUAGAGGCCGCAGUGGAUGGCAGACAGAGGAGUCAGUUUCCUGUCCGGCUUAGUGUUUCUACUGAUGAAUGUAAUUUCUUGUCGAAUGUGUUCUGCGGUCACAAGUGCUGUCCUCUGCUUUCACCAAAUGCUUUCGCUUUCACAAGGCUUCCUUCUGGCCAUUUUGCAUCCCUUUUAUCCUCCCCAGUAAGCAUUUAGUGUUUAUGGUAAGCAUUUACAGCCUGGGAUGCAGAAUGGAGCAAAUGUAGUCACCACUGCUGUUCUGUCAACAUGACAUCAUGUCAAGUCAAUUUUAUUUGUAGAGACCAGUUUCACAAAUAACAAAUUUGCUUCAGAGGGCUUUACAGUCUGUACAGCAAUACAACAUCCCCUGUGCUCAAACCCUCGAUUUAAAUAAACGCUAACCAUUGCUGGUAAGUACAACAUCCACGCAAAACUGCAAGUGUAAUAGAUUUAUUGGUGCAACUGAAAUGACAUCAGGUACCUCUGGGUGCUAUUUUCCUCUUCUCAUUAGGGACUCUGGAUCAGUGCUAACCACAGAGAAAUUUGGUCAAGACAUAUCGUUGUAGGUUUGGAAAAGAAACUUCCUAAAUACAGUUCUUCAAUGAACAGAGCAGCCUACUAUGUAAGUAGAUUGCGCAGCUUUGCUUUUAACAUGGUUUUAAUCCUGGUCAUACAAAGAGCAGCUUUGUGCUUAAACUGUUAAAAUAAAUAUUAAUAGCACUUACACCUACUGAUAUUAUGUUUCAUCAUAUCAGCUGCUGAUGCUCAAAGUUGUUGCAAGAUUGGUGCUGAAACAAUCAGGCUAUUACCGUAGUUAAAAUAUGAUCUAGAAAUGAUUCAAUGAUGUAAAUGAGCCUUUAUUGCAGCAUAACAUACUGUCAGUAGUUGUUUCUUCUUGGUCCAAAGUGUUCAAUAUUAGAGGAGGAGAUUUCCAGUUCCAUAUUUUUAGGCUCUACUAGAAUAUUUGAAUGAUUUACAGAAGUCUUUAUUUGUCUUGUACUGGCACUUUAUGCAGCCCCUCAGUUCAGUCUCUGUCUGAAACAGGCCGUAUUAUCUCCUGUCUUGUUAAGCCCCCCCCCCCCCCUGAUCCGCCCACUCUCCUCUGAGUGGUCAGCUCUUGGAAGUUGCUCCUCAGUAGACUUCUGACUUUCAUUAUAUUACAUAUUUUAUCUGUAUUUCUACAUAUGAUUAAUUAUUACAUCAUGCCUUAUUAAUGUAUUUAAUAUAUUUUAUAUUUCAGCCCCCCUAAUAUUGAACACUUCGGGCCUCCAUAUUUGGCACUGAAAUCAGCUGGAAAAUUCCAAGCUGCGUCUUUUGAAACGGACAGCCCAAUGAUAUAAAAUCAGCCAGUUACUAUGGCAACCGUGGUUUUGCAGAACUGUGGAGCCUACAUGGCUGCCACAGAAAACCACAACCACCAAACUAAAAAAAAACGCUUGCAACAUGUUUUUUGUUUUUGUUAUGAUUAUGAUGAUACAACAAUCAAGAGGAAUGUAGGUACGUCAACUGUCAGUAACAAUUCAAGUAACAUUUCACAGCUUUGCUCCCCACAUAACAUGAGUACUUUAUCUAUUCAGGAGCCUGAGUCCUUUAUUUAAUCUUACUUUACUAUUUAACUGAAAAAGUCAAGUCUGUGCUGUUCAUUAUAGUACUUCAGCUGAGCACUCAGGGUCUUCAUGAGGUGUAAGGUAUAACCCAGCCUUAAAAACACAAUCUUCUGCAAUUCACCAGAAUAUUUCAUGUAUUCAUUGAGGUCUGUCUUUCUGUGUCAUUAAAACUGUUAAUAGUUUCCUGUUACACUAUACUUCAACUUUUGGAUUGAGAUUUU